GACCUCGUCAGUGCGUUUCUGUUAUUAUGCAGCGCGUCAAAGCUGGACGGGAAGUGGAAAGACGCUAAUUGAAGAAGUUGGUCGCUCAGCGGGAAGUGAAAACCGUCAUUUGCAUGGCAUUUUUAAGUCGUCUCUUUCUGUUUCAUCAAGUGCGCUUGGACAUUAAAACUUUGCAGCUCACAUGUGAAGGAAAUCAACAGGGACAGAGAGAAGAACAACGUUUCAUUGAUGUGCACUGCUGGCAUCGUCUCAGCCCUUCAAGAAGUUCGUGGGAAAACAACGCAGAGGGGAAGGAGCUGAGGGGAGAGGGCGGCAGAGGAAACUUUUACGAGGAUAGGAUGGAGGUGACUGCAUCCUGCAUGCAGAGCUAGGAGUGAUGACAGCUCCAUGUGAUUAACUUUUUUUUUAAAUCAGCAUUUUUAGCUGAGCAGGUGUGAAGGACUUACUGUAUGGGAAUCUAGUGGAUGUUUCUCUGGAGGUGACAAGGCUGAGUUCAGCAGCUGCUAGCCUGCAGCAAUGGACGUUGAGGCGAGAUUUCCUCCCUCCACAUCAGUGACCUCGCCUUUUGCCUCACCAUGCUGGACAACUCCUCCAUCCUCUACAUCAUCCUGGAGCUGCUGAUUGCUGUCUUCUCAGUGCUGGGCAAUGUGUUGGUCUGCUGGGCCGUGGCCCUCAACAGUAACCUGCAGAGCAUCACCAACUUCUUCGUGGUGUCGCUGGCGGUGGCUGACAUUGCUGUGGGUGUCCUGGCCAUUCCUUUUUCUAUCGUCAUCAGCACUGGCUUCUGCUCCAACUUCUAUGGGUGCCUGUUUAUCGCAUGCUUUGUGCUGGUUCUCACACAGAGCUCCAUCUUUAGCCUGCUGGCCAUUGCUAUAGACCGCUACAUUGCAAUCAAGAUACCACUCAGGUACAACAGUUUGGUGACAGGCCAGCGGGCUCGAGGAAUCAUUGCCAUAUGCUGGGUUUUAUCCAUCAUCAUCGGUUUGACCCCCAUGAUGGGCUGGCAUAAGCAGUCAGAGUACAACAACAGCACCUGCCCGCCGGGCCUGAUGAAGUGCCUGUUUGAGGAGGUAGUCCUCAUGGAGUAUAUGGUCUACUUCAACUUUUUUGCUUGUGUACUAAUCCCCUUGCUGCUGAUGUUGGCCAUCUACCUGUGUAUCUUCAUGGCAGCGCGCCACCAGCUCAAGCUAAUUGAAGUGAAAGCAUCCCAUGGAGAGAAGUCCCGAUCUGUGCUGCAGAAAGAGAUCCAGGCUGCCAAGUCUCUGGCCAUCAUUGUGGGCCUGUUUGCAGUCUGCUGGCUGCCUUUACAUGUCAUUAACUGCUUCACUCUCUUCUGUCCUCAGUGUGCUCGUCCUCCUCUCUGGGUCAUGUAUGUGGCCAUUAUCCUAUCCCAUGCCAACUCUGUCGUCAACCCUUUCAUCUACGCCUACCGCAUCCGGGAGUUCCGACACACCUUCCGUAAGAUUAUUAGGCGACACAUCCUGGGGAAGCAGGAGGUGUUUGAGAGUGGCAGCAGUAAGCGGAGCUCUGCUCACAACAGCAUCACAGACUCCAUCAGGAUCAAGGCAAAUGGCCUCAGCUUUGACCUUUUUACAGAGCACAGCAACAGCAGCUGUGAAAACUCCUGCCGUUGUCCUGCGCACAUCUCUCCUUUAGGGGGUGGUCUGGUGACAAUAUCUCACCCGCCUCUGUCCGUUGUUAUCUCCCACUGUCCACUGCAAACCCUCAGGCAGACUCAGCUCCCAAUGGGGCAAGACUGCGCUGGACCAGAGAUCCUGGAGGAAAAUGGCAAACAGAGCCUCGGCUCAGCCCAGGUUGCACUGCUGUUCAACAACCAGGACAGGAGGAGUUGCUUUAGUGAGCUAGAUAAGGUGCCCUGAGCCAUGCACAGGAGGGGUCUUUCACUAAUUCAGGAGCCUUGCAGUAAGAUGUGAAUGUCAGCUCAGAAUCAGGAUAAAACCCUAAUUGCAAUGGAAGCACUGCAAACAGAUGACAGACAAUGAAUGGCACUCACUGAGAUAACUCAAAUAGGACUGAAAACUGUCUCCACUAUUUAAAUACAGUGAUGUUUUAAUUUAAUCCAGAAUAAUUCUAAAAAGCACUGCUAGUGCCACCCAGAGGCUACUGCUUAACAACUCACACAACCAGUGGUGGUCUGAUACUUCUGACUGUAACGUGCGGCCACUUCACAAGAUGCUCUGUGGAAAUUUCAACAGGAUCACAAAGUGUUUUUGCUUCCUCUUUGCAAGCAGUUAAAGUUCAGUACAAAUAGAGCCAGUGGACAGGAGGGGGUCUAUAUGGGAUAAGACGUGUAUUGUAUUCAUCUUUGUUUAACCAUAAUGUGCCAUUUUUGGGCCGAAUGGAUGAGAUGCAGCUUUAAAUUAUUGAAUUCAUUUUCUUUCUUUCAGGGAUAUGAACAUAAACAUGAUCUGCUCUCUCCGUUUGCAAUUUUCACAUUUUUGCAGAUAUAACCGCCUUCCUGAUUCUAGCACCUCAUUGUUUCACUUUGCUGUUUCUUAAUGGAGUAAGACACAGGCUGGUUUGUGGUUGUGCAACUAUAAGUUGAAUGCUUCACAUUUUUUUUUAAAGCAAAGACCAGAAAUUUGGUAAUCUAAUGCUGUAAUGUGACCUUUUAUUAUUGUUAUAAUGAUGCUUUAAUGUGUGCACAUUUAAGUUAAAUUCAGAUGACACAAUUGACACAGUUUGAUGAAUAAUGGGAAAUAAUUUGGAAAUCUACAAUUACCGCUUCUACAGAUGUGGACAAAAUUGUUGGUACCCUUCUGUUAAAGAAAGAAUAACCCACAAUGGUCACUGAAAUAACUGAAAUAACCAGCAAAAGUGGCUAACUUUACUGAAAAUUAGCUAAUGAAAAUCAGAGAUUAUUUUAUGGUUAAAAAAAAAAAACUAAUGAAACUGGCCUGUACAAAAAUGAUGCUACCCCUAGAACAGACUGAAAAUAAGGUGACCACAGGCACUAAACAUGUGUCCUGUGGUUAGCAUCACAGCUGUCUUCUAACUUGUAAUCAGUCAGUCUGCAAAUUUAAAGGGUGAAAAGCAGUCACAGUGCUGUUUGGUGUGUACCACACAGAAAACUAGGGAGAGAGCUGUCUCAGGAGAUGAGAAAGACAAUUGUUAGUUUAAUUUUUUGACCACAGAUUCUUUUAUUAACAGUGGAGAGUGACAGGAAAUUGGGAGGAGAGAUACAGGGGAAAACAUGGGGGAAAUGCCAACAGGCUGGGACUCAAACCUGCACCGCCCGCACUGCUACACGGCAUAUGUAUGUGGUUCCCUGCUCAACCUCUGAGCCACCUCGGCGCCCGAGAAAGACAAUUAUUGACAAGCAUGUUUAAGGUGAAGGCUACAAGACCCUCUCCAAGCAGCUUGAUGUUCCUGUGAGUACAGUUGUACAUAUUAUUCAGAAGUUUAAGGUCCACAAGACAAAUUGAAGAGACGGAUAAUAUGAAUGGUAAAUUAAGAGCCAAGAACAACUUCCAAAGAGAUUAGAGGUGAACUCCAAAGUUAAGUUACGUCAGUGUCGGAUUGCACCAUCUGUCGCUGUUUCAGCCAAAGUGGACUUAAUGGAAGACGACCAAGCAGGACACCACUGUUGAAAGCAAAUCAUAUAGAAGAGAUACUGGAAUUUACCAAAAUGCAUAUCGAAAAACCACAAAGUUACUGUGAGAAUGUCCCAUGGACAGAUGAGACAGAACUGGAGCUUUUUGGCAAAUCACAUCAGCUCCAUGUUCACAAACGCAAAAAUGAAGCAUACAAAGAAAAGAACACUGUACCUACUGUGAAACAUGGAGGAGGCUCGGUUAUGUUCUGGGGCUGCUUUGCUGCAUCUGGCACAGGAUGUCUUGAAUCUGUGCAGUGAAAUCUCAAGACUAUCAAGCCGUUCUGGAACUAAAUGUGCUGCCCAAUAUCAGAAAGCUUUGUCUCAGUCACAGGUCAUGGGUCCUACGACAGGAUAAUGACCUAAAACGCCCAGGAAUGAACAAAACACCGGACUAUUCUGAAGUGGCCUUCAAUGAGUGCUGAUCUAAAUCCGACUAAACAUCUGUGGAAUGAGCUGAAACAUGCAGUCUGGAGAAGGCACCCUUCAAACCUGAGACAGCUGGAGCAGUUUGCUGAUGAGGAGUCGGCUAAAAUACCUGUCGACAGGUGUCAGGUGUCAUGACAGGUGUCAAGUGUCAUUGAGUUACAGAAAUCACUGGAAUCACUUGAUUGCAGUACCAUAAUUUUUGUUUUUAUGUAUAUAGAUAUUUUUAUAUAUGUUUUAUAUAUAUAUAAAACACACACACACACACAUUUAAUUUCAGAUUUUAAAAAAUUUAUUAUUACUUUUUAACUUUUCAAGUAAUUUCACUGACCAUCGUGGGUUUUUCUUUCUUUAAUGGAAGGGGUUCCAACAAUUUUGUCCAUGUCUCUAUGUCUUCACAAGUAAACUGGCAUCAAGU